AUGGAUCAGCUCCUGACCAAUCUCUGGACAAGAGGUGGCUGGUUCCGUGCCUUUACGCCUCCAGUUGUCGAAGCGGCUCCCAAGGGAACCCCUAUCCUCAACGUCCCGUCCGACGUUCUGCUCCUCGUUGGGGACCACUUGCAGGACUCGGAUGUCCUCAGUUUCAAGCUCGCCUGUAGAAGCACCUUUGCGCUGUUUCCUCACACUUACAAGACCCUGUCGCCCUGCGCGAAGCAGGACUUCCUUGCAACCAUCGAAAGAGACCCCCUAGGCAAGGGGACCGUCUACUGUCACGUUUGCAACAAGCUUCACUCUUUCCAGGAAACCGCUGGACCUCACUACGACGUCGAACUUGAAGAGGCUGCUGAAAAGAAACUCAAAGCUGACAAGUGUGUGAACCGGGAUCGAUUCGCGCCGACCGGCAACCCCUUUACGCUGAGCUAUACCCAUGCUCGACUGGCCAUGAACAGGCACCUGUACGGGCCGGAGCACGGCAUCCCCCUGGCCAACCUCUGCGUGGAGCAGAGCGAGCGCCGAGACGCCAUGGCGAUCCGGUGCUCGACGUCGGCCAAGAUCAUGGACGACGAGCUGUUCCUGCGAGGCACCUACGUCCUGACGGUGGCCGAUGCCGACGUGGCCGAGUUCCGCAGCUGCACCGGCGCGCGCGACCUGAAGCUGUGCGAGCACACCUCGCUGUUUGCCGCGGCGUCGCCCUUCCGCCACUCCAUCCCCGAGCUGCAGAAGAAGCCGGCGGCGGGCGACGACGGCCUCGUCCCCUGCCGCGAGGCUCCGGGAUCGUGUGGCUUGUGCCUGAUGGACUAUGACAUCACCAUCGAGCACUGCGCGGACGAGUCCUCCUACCGCAUCGUCAUCCGGGCCACCCACCAGCUCGGGUCCUGCCGGUCUCCUCGCGACUGGAAGUGGGCGAGGUUCACCGAGUGCUACCGCAUGCACGUCUUCUAUCCCAGCCGGCCCAACAGGCGAGGCUCUGUGUACGGGCCCGGCGCCGUCCAGAAGCGAUGGGCCGACGACGAGAGGGAGGCUUGCGCAGUGCUCGACGGGCAUUCCAGCAGGGGUCUCUUUGGCUUGGCUUUUCUCAGCUAG